AUGCCUUUAGUCAACUUGAAAGAUAUUCAAAUCAGCAGAAUCCUAGCUGAAAAUCCUGCUAGCAAAUCCAUCAAUAUCCUUGCUAAAUUCAAAGAUCGUGAUGGUGAUGUAAUAUUAUUAAUCAGUAAACCACCCUUUACAAAAGAUCUCAUGCAAAAUAUUAUAUCUGAAGAUACCUUGGCUCAAGUCCAGCUUGAAAACGAUAUUUAUAGUCAGUAUAGCUUGACCCCUAAAGCUGAAUUAAAUCUUUUAAAAUCGACUGUCAUUUACCCGGCUACCGAAAAGCACAUCAACAAGUACAGUGAUCAUCAGUUUUAUCUCCUACAAGAAACACCUAAUGAUUAUCGUAAUAUCACUUUGCCGUUUAUCGAAAAGAACGCGUUUAGCGCUCAGUGGGUGGAAAGAAUACUCAAACACGAGAGUGAAAGCGAAAACAUAAUAUUUGAAGAUCCAGAUCGUGACACAGGAUUUAUCUUAUUGCCUGAUCUUAAAUGGGAUAAAAAGCAACUAAGCGAUUUAUACUUGGUUGCAAUUUGUCAUCGUCACGGCUUACGCUCAUUAAGAGAUCUAACUAGCUCCGAUCUACCAUUAUUACGUAAUAUUCGAAACCAAGGAAUUGCCGCGAUUAAAGAAAAGUAUGGUGUGAAUCAAUCACAAUUGCGAAUUUACAUCCACUAUCAGCCAUCAUAUUAUCAUUUCCAUGUUCAUUUUACACAUGUCAAGUACGAAGCCCCUGGAUCGGUCGUUGGAAGAGCCCAUCUCUUGGAAGAUGUAAUUGAAAAUUUGGAAUUAUUUCCAAAUUUCUAUUCUCAAAAGACGCUGUCGUUUGUUAUUCAAGAAUGUGAUGCUUUACUGGCAGAAUAUAGAAAGUGUGGGCGACUUACUUAG